AUGAACGAUGUGAAUGUUUUGGUACAGAUUUGUGUUCGAAUUUCUUGUCUUUAUAGUAAUUUUUCCUCGUUACUUUUUGCUGAAUUUAAAAAAUUUGUUCCAACGAAGCGAACCGAUAAAAUUGUUAAUCCAUCGAAACUUCGUGUUGAUCUACGAGUAAUUGCCGAGUUAUGCCUUCAUGGAGUUUUUGCUAAAGAAGGUAUUCAGUUACUUGGCUCAAUGAUUUCAUAUUUAACAGUUACUGAUAAAGCGGAUCACAAUAAUGUGGCGAUUCUUUUGCCUUUAUGCAAAUCUCUUGGUGUGGAUCUUUUAGGCCUUCAUUCUUUAUCAAUACAGAAGGAGGCCACAGAAUUUGGGAUUGACCUUCCUAUGCCAUCAACCAUAACUGUUGAACAAAAACAUGUAUUUGCUCAGCUCUUUUUGGAUUAUCGCAAAACUCUUGUGGACCAUAUUCAAAAAGAACUCAAUGAAAUGAAUCACAUUUUGCGUUCUAUAAAAAAGCAAACACGUUCUCGUGGAGAUGCUUCAUCGGAAGAUCGAGUUAAGUUGGAUGAGGUUCGAACUCGUUAUGAAAAGCAUUUACAAAAUGGUUUAACACUCAGUGAAGUUCUCGGUGUGGAGUUAGAACAAAUGGUCGAAGAACAGAGCGAAGACGAAGAUGAAGAAAAGUCGGCUCUUGAAAUUCGUCGCGCUUUACAAGAAGGAAUUCUUUCAAUUUGGCCUGAUGAAGAUACUCGACAAUUUUAUGAAAUGCGUUUACAGCUGCGUGAAAUGGUCCCAGCUAUUCUUUUCCAAGAAUCAGAAUUACGAACUCUAGAACCUGUACAAGGUGCAAUUGAAGACGUUGAUUUAACUGGCUUAGAAGACAUUCCAGAAUGCGAUGAAGAAGCUAUCGAUGAAGACGAACCUUCAGAUAGCAAUGAUGGUGAAAUGGAGGCACGGGAACCAAUGGAUAUCGAUGCAACUAUAGCAUCUUUGCUUGAUCCCGCUGUUAAGUAUUCGGGUAAAGAUCUGAAGAAAAUGAUGACAACUUUUCUUGAUAAGCUUCCAUGGUUGAUAAAUAGAGAUCUAAUUGAUAAUGCAGCUCUCGAAUUCGUUACCGAUUUAAACACGAAGAUUAAUCGGAAGAAACUCUGUCAAGUUAUGCUUAAUGAACAUCUUGAUCGUCUUGAUUUACUGCCUUUUUAUGGACGCCUUAUUGCUACUUUGGAACCUGUAAUGCCAGAUUUUGCUGUGGAAAUGUCACAGGCAUUAAUCCAGGAGUUCAAAUCAGUAGUACAGAACAAGUCUAAAUGUCGUUUGGAUCGGAAAAUUCGUUUAUGUCGUUUUAUUUCGGAAUUGGUGAAGUUUGGUUUGAUACCUAAAGCUGAAGCUAUUGUUUGUCUUCGAAUGGUUUUAUUCGAUUUCCGUGGUCAUAACAUCGAUAUGUGUUGUGCAAUGAUAGAUUCAAUGGGUCCAUUCUUGUACCUUUCAUCAGAUAGUCAUAGUAAAACAAAAAUUUUACUCGAUGUUAUGAUGAAAAAGCGCGAGAAAAUAAAUGAUCCCAGGCAGCAGAUGUUGAUCGACAAUGCGUAUUUUGCUUGUAUUCCUCCACCACAGGAAGAAAAAAUUGUUUUCACACGUCCUACCAUGCUUGAUUUUAUUCGAACUCAGAUUAUUAGUAUCAAUGCCAAUCGAAUGGAACACACUGUUCGACUUUUGAGGAAAAUUGAUUGGACCGAUGUUAAAUUAGUUGAUUUUGUCAUUCGUUGCCUGAGUACGCCUUCACUUGUCAGAUUUACCAAUGUUCCUCAACUUGCGUCUUUGGUUGCUGCCCUUUCUUCUUUCCACGAUUUUAUCAAAAUACGAGUUCUUGACAAUGUACUGGAAGAGUUACGACUCGCAUUGGAAUUCAAUCAUCCUUCGUUAAAUCAAACUGCUGUUCUUGCUGUUGUAUACCUCGGCCAACUUUAUAACUAUACUGUUUGCGAUUCACCUAUCAUAUUUAAAACUUUAUAUCAUCUGAUAACAUUUGGUGCAUUUGAUCCAUUUCUUGAUGACUGGAAUAAUUUUAUGCGUAUAGGCCUGGUCUGCGAUUUGCUGAUGACAUGUGGCGAAUUUUUCAAUGGUAGUGCAGCUAAACGAAGACUAGAUUGUUUUUUAAUUUAUUUUUAUCGUUAUGUUUGGGCAAAGAAGGAUGCAUGUGCAUUGAGAGACUUAUCUUUUCCCAGUGAGGUGCAAUUUCGAUUGGAAGAAAUGUUGAAUUAUGUAAGGAAGUCAGCGAAAAUGCCUAAAAGUAUGAAAGAGGCUCAAGAAGCAGUAGAAGAAAUUGAAAAUAAAUAUAAAGAAAUGGAGAAUUUUAGUCUAUGCGUUCCAGAAAAUUAUAAAUUUCUAACAAAUUUUGAUUAA